AUGCCGAAUUCAUCCAACAGCCCGUUAAGACUCCUCCAAUGGACUGUCAUUUGUCUAUUUGUGGUCUCCGGCGUACAACUCAAAAUCCGUAGAAAUGCACAGACCUUCGCCCAAGGCAGUGAAACCACCACGCCGGAAAAUAAUAUUCCGAUGCGGCAGGGUUCACCCUUCAAGAUUGCACUCUUCGCCGACCUCCACUUCGGUGAGGACGCAUGGAUGAAUUGGGGCCCGAUUCAGGACAUGAAUUCUGUCAAAGUAAUGUCUACUGUACUAGACAAAGAGGACCCAGACUUUGUAAUUUAUCUCGGGGAUGUCAUCACGGCCAACAAUAUAAUGAUAAAGAAUGCAAGUUUAUACUGGGAUCAGGCAGUGUCACCAACAAGAGCCAAGGGAAUACCCUGGGCCAGUGUGUUUGGGAACCAUGAUGAUGCACCUUUUGAGUGGCCUAUGGAGUGGUUUUCAGCUACUGGAAUUCCUCAACUUCAUUGUCCUGCUCCAACUACCUCGGAUGCAGGAGGUGAAGAUUGCAGCUUCAGAGGGACAACGCGUUUGGAGUUGAUGAAAAGUGAAACUGAGCACAACACAUUAUCACAUUCAGUGAAUGGUCCCCAAAAUCUAUGGCCUAGUGUUUCUAAUUAUGUUCUUAAACUUUCAUCGUCAAGUGAUUCGGAAGCAGCUGUAGCAUAUAUGUACUUCUUUGACUCUGGUGGUGGGUCAUACCCAGAGGUUAUAUCAAGUGCUCAAGUAAAGUGGUUCCAGCAAAAAUAUUCAGAGGUCAAUCCUGAUGCAAGGGUGCCUGAAAUAAUAUUUUGGCACAUUCCAAGUAAAGCAUACAAGAAGGUGGCUCCUAGUUUCGUUGCACAUAACCAUUGCAUAGGUUCAAUUUUCAUGGAGGAUGUUGCGACUCAAGAAGCUGAAAUGGGCAUCAUGAAAGUUCUUGAAGAAAGACCUUCGAUUAAGGCAGUUUUUGUAGGCCACAACCAUGGAUUAGAUUGGUGCUGCCCAUAUAAGAAGCUGUGGCUGUGCUUUGCUAGGCAUACUGGUUAUGGUGGGUAUGGAAACUGGUCUAGAGGAGCUAGGGUUCUAGAGAUUAAUCAGCAGCCAUUCUCUCUCAAGUCAUGGAUUAGAAUGGAAGAUGGCAAAGUACACAGUGAAGUCCUCUUGAGCUCUUGA